AUGUUACCAUUUUCACUCAUUUUUAAGGUUGAGCACCCACCUCUUGAAAAUCUUGAGAACUCAAGUCCUACCCAUUUUGUUGAAGCCAAAAGUGUGAUUUCUUCCUUGUUAGUUGAGCUGGAGGAAGUAGGCACCAUUUUGGAGAACUUGGAGGCUGGUUUUGAGCAUUCGAAUGCUGUCUUGGACAGCUUUGGGGCUGUAAAUGAAGGGCUGGACAGCGAAGGGGAGAUGGGCAGCGCGAGGAGCGCGCUGGGCAGCUGCCUGGGUGCUGGCCUUGCUGUCCUGGACAGGCCAGGGGCACUGGGUAGCAGCCUGGCUGCUGCUUCUGCUGUCUCAGACUGCUCAGCUGUGCUGGACAGCUUCAGUUCUGCUGCGCUGGGCAGCUUUGGAAUGCUGGGCAACAACAUUUUUCCAUCAAGGGGCACUGAAAAUUAG